UUGUAUGUUCUAUAUUCAUUAUCUCAUUUUCAUCUACAUAUCUCUUCUUCUUCCACCCUAGAGCUCCUCUCUUCAAUGGCUUUAUCAUGGUAUCAAGAGCUACACAAGGGAUCCUCUUAAUAUCAUCUGUUUUUUCCCUACUGGUUCUUGCUUUGAUUAUGAGUUGUGGAGUUGCUGGGUCCCUAAUUUUUCACUAUUUCUCUUGCACUGCUUUGAUAUUUGAGCUCAGGUUCGAUUUCCCCUAAUUUCCGUUUCUGCAAUUUGUUUGGAUUUGAGGAUACACUACAAAAAAAAUACGGGAUUGACAGGGAUUUUGGCAGGGAUUUGGAACGGAUUUUGGCAGGGAUAUGCCAAAUUCGUGCCAAAAACACUUUGGCACGAGCUAUUUGGCACGCAAAAUCGGUAAGUCCGUGCCAAAUUCCGUGCCAAUCCCGUAAUAUUUUUGUAGUGAUAUAUUUUGGACUUGUUGGAUUUGUUGCUUGGGUCUGUCAAUUAGUGGUUGUUGUUGUGUUCACUAUGGCUGAGGGAGAGGAUUCUUUACAGUCUAUUAGUGUUAGAUUGGAUGGUACAAACUAUACAUAUUGGAGCUUUGGGAUGAAAAACUUUUUAAAAGGAAAGAAAAUGUGGAAGUAUGUUUCUGGUGCAGCUACCAUCCCUACGAAAUCUGUUGAUGGCGAAAAAUUUGAUGAGUUGCUUGAUGUUUGGGAUACCAAUAACUCCAAAAUUAUCACAUGGAUAAAUAACUCUGUUGAACAUAGAAUCGGUAUGCAAUUGGCCAAAUAUGAUACUGCAAAACAGGUUUGGGAUUAUCUACAAAAGUUGUAUGUGAGGUCCAACUUUGCUGUUCAGUAUCAAUUGGAGGCUGAUAUUCGAGCCCUUGUUCAAACAGAGGAUAUGGGUAUUGAGGAAUUCUACAACAAAAUGACUAUGCUUUGGGAUCAAUUGGCUGCAACUGAGUCUGCUGAAUUGAGAGCCUUUGCUCCAUAUAUUGCUCGCAGGGAAGAACAACGUCUGGUUCAGUUUUUAAUGGCUCUUCGUUCUGAGUUUGAACUUAUGCGUGGGUCAAUUUUACAUCGUACUCCGCUGCCUUCUGUUGAUUCUGUGGUUCAUGAGUUACUUGCUGAAGAAACUCGUCUUAAAACUCAUACUAGUAAGGCCGCCCAUGCUUCCACACCUUCUGUGUUUGCUGUUCCACAGAGUGCAGACUCUUCUGCCAUGGCAGUCCGUACACAAAGAUUUUCACAGAAUCGACAUAUGACCACUCAAGAAUGUGCUUACUGUAAGGAGCAGGGUCACUGGAAGAAUCAAUGCCCGAAAUUGCUAGAAAGAAAUCGUCAAACGGGACAACCACGAGGAGGACGGGCACCUCAGUCUCAAUACCGUUCUGGUAGUCGCCGUGGACAUUUCUCUGGUGGAGGCCCACAUUAUAAUUUUCGCCCAACUACAACUACUUUUGUGCCUUAUUCCGAUCAGUCCCCUAAAGAGGAGCAUGUCAGUCCAGAGACUUCCUUGGCUGACCAGUUUCAGAAAUUUUUAGCUGCUCAGACAACUCCUCAGUCACAUGCCAUGUCUGCCUCAUCCUCUGGUGCCUCAGGAUCUGAAAUCCAAGGAGAAGAUUGGGACCGGCCAUAGAGACAAGGGGGGAUUAUACAUUUUGGAUAGGUUGCACCAUACUAAUAAUGUGGCUGCCACAGGUGUCGAUUUAUCCAAAUUUCAUUUGACUUCAUCAUCUUCUAAAUUUGUUUUGUGGCAUUCUAGACUUGGUCAUGUUUCUGGACCACGCCUUCGGUUUAUGGUUUCUAGUGGUGUUUUGGGAAAUUUGAAACCUCAUGAUAUUUCUGAUUGUAGUGGAUGUAAGCUUGGACAGUUUUCUGUCCUACCUUUUAAACUGAGUGAUUCUAAGUCUACUGCACCUUUUGAGUUGAUACAUUCUGAUGUUUGGGGGCCUGCCCCUAUUACCACAAAAGGGGGGUCUCGAUAUUAUGUUUCUUUCAUUGAUGAUUACACUCGUUAUUGUUGGGUUUAUCUUAUGAAACAUCGUUCUGAGUUCUUAAAUAUAUACACAGCUUUUCAGUCAUAUGUUAAAACCCAACAUUC